UGGUGAAUAAUAAUAAUAGUUGUAGUAAAAAAAUAGAACAAAGAGUCAUGAGUAUAUAUAGAUAGAUAGAGAGAUAUUGACAUGGUGUUGCAGCUGUGGUGAUUUGGCAUUUUCUGGUUUUGUUCGGUGAUUGUUUGUUGGUUGGUUGGUUGGUUGGUUGGGUUUGAACUUUGACGUUUACAAUCACAAUUACAUAGAGUUAGACAAGAGAAGAGGUAGCUACUUUGGCCAAAACAAAGAGAGGGUAUAUUUUCUUCCUUCAUUUUAGAGAGCAUAAGGGUACCUUGUGCUCUUUUUCUACCAUCAUGGUAUGAUUGGUUUCAGACUCAUUGUUUUCUUUCUUUACUUCCCCUGUUUGCUUCCUGGUGAUUGGAGAAGAAACUUGACUUUUCUGGAAUCACAUUCAUUCUCCUCGAAUGAGGCGUCAGUUCCGAGGUGGUGAGUUUUCUCCAACACCCAGAUAAUAAUCCAUGCAACAGAAGCCAAUGAUGUGUUAACUCCUUCAUCAUCUUCUUCUUCGUUCUAGCUUUCAUGCCAUGCUGAGAAGUUUGAUAGUUUGAAAGGAAGAAAAAAAAACUCAAGGGUUGUUUCAUUUUCUCGGGAAAAUAUUGAAAGAGAAAGGAAAAUGGAUUGUAAUAAUCUCAUGGAAAUGCAGGAACCGAGCAUUGAAACUGAUAAGCUCAGCUAUGAAAUCUUCUCCAUUCUUGAGAGCAAGUUUUUGUUUGGUUACGACGAGCAGAAGCUCUGGUUUCCGAAGCAAAUACCCACCGCCGCCGCCAUUGAGACACAGCAGAUUCCGAGCAUCGCCGGUGAUGGAGUCUCCGCUGUUAAGAAUCAGAGGGGGAAGAUAUGUAUACUGGCUAUCGACGGCGGUGGCAUGCGGGGGAUCCUCGCCGGGAAAGCUCUGGCCUACCUGGAGACCGCGCUGAAGAAGAAAUCCGGCGACCAGGACGCGAGAAUCGCUGAUUACUUCGACGUCGCCGCCGGGGCUGGUGUUGGUGGGAUAUUCACCUCGAUGCUCUUCGCCACCAAGGACCAGCAGAAACCGAUUUUCGCCGCGGAGGAUACAUGGCGGUUUCUGGCGGAGCAGGGGAGGAAAUUCUACCCCAGCGGCGGAGGCAACCGCGGGUUUUUCAAGAGACUGUUUGGCGGAGGGUCUGGGUCGUCAGGGAGCGCGACGGCGGGUUUGGAGAAGACGGUUAAGGAAGCGUUCACGGCGGAGGAUGGGCGGAGCUUGACGUUGAGGGACACGCUGAAACCGGUGCUGAUUCCUUGCUAUGAUUUGUCCAGUACGGCGCCGUUUUUGUUCUCACGUGCGGACGCUUUGGAAUCGGAGAGCUUUGAUUUCCGGUUGUGGGAGGUUUGCCGGGCCACGUCGGCGGAACCAGGUGUUUUUGAGCCGGUUCAGAUGCGGUCAGUGGAUGGUCAGACCGGGUGCGUGGCGGUGGACGGUGGUUUGGCGAUGAGCAACCCGACCGGGGCGGCGAUCACGCAUGUGCUGCAUAACAAGCAGGAGUUUCCCUUUGUGAGAGGGGUGGAGGACCUGCUUGUUCUUUCCCUUGGAACUGGGCAGCUCAUGGAUGUCAAGUUUGACUAUGAACACGUGGCGCGAUGGAAGGCCAAGGAUUGGGCCCGGCCAAUGGCCCGCAUCUCCGGCGACGCGUCUGGGGACCUUGUUGACCAGGCCGUCGCCAUGGCCUUCGGUCAUUCCCGGAGCACCAACUAUGUUCGCAUUCAGGCGAAUGGGUCGAGUAUGGGGCGAUGCGGACCCAAUGUAGAUACAGAUUCCAGUCCCGACAAUGUGAGGAUGCUGAUGGGAAUAGCUGAGGGGAUGUUGAAGCAGGAGAAUGUCGAGUCGGUGCUGUUCGGAGGGAAGAAGAUUGGUGAGCAUAGCAAUUUCGAUAAACUCGACUGGUUCGCCGGAGAGCUUGUUCAGGAACAUCAGAGGAGGAGCUGCAGAAUAGCACCCACUGUUGCUUUCAAGCAAGCCACCCCAAAAUGUAAAAACAUGGAAAACUGAUAUAGGAGGCAAAAACAAGAAGCAGGAGGAAGAAAAAGAAAGAAAAUGCAGAUAGUAGUAAUAGCAUAGCAGCUUUACUUUUGAAGAAGACAGAGAAGGUUAGGGAGUUUGAGUGAAAAGGACAAGUGGUGUAAAAAGGGUAGAAAAUCUCUGUGGGAUACUUUGCUCUCCAGAGGACAGACAUUGUGGUGUCCACUCCACCUUUCUAUUAGGGUAAGGAACCAAGAAAGAAAAGCAAAGUGUCUGCAUUAAAGCUUUUUAGGGUCAAACAUGAGUCUCAAUCAAGUGUGAGUUUUUUAAUUUCAAAAAUUCAGGAUGGUAAAUUGCAUUACAUUCUUCCAUUCUACUUUUUUUUUUAAUAAAAUUUUGUAAAUCUUUUUUUAUUUUUUAUUUUGUCAAAAGCUUCAUCCCUGCUCAAAGAAACUUUGUAGGUGGUGGGGCUAUCUUGUUAUAUAAAAUCUCAAAUGUGUUGCCAAA